AUGGAUCGAGGCUUCCCAGACUUUGACCUGGACGCCGGAGAUCUGGGGGGCAACCUCUCCUGGGAGGAGCCUUUGGAACUCGAGCUCUUGGAAUUCUACAAUGUGUACAUGGCGAUCGCCGUGGAGGACUCGGACUCCACCGCAGAUGAACACCAGUCCUUCACCUCUCGGAGCUUCCUGGGAGCAGUGCCAAAGGGCACCAAGGAGUUCCUGAUCCCUCCCGAGACGGCGCUCGGGAACUUCACACACUUCCUGGUCUACCUGCACUCCGCUCUCGCGGAGCAGACCACGCCCUCGAGCAGCUCGGAAGCACCAGAAGAAACGCUGAACUGGUAG